UGAUGCAGAGAUGCAAUGCACUAUAAACCCUUUUUUCCCCCCCACUAACUCUGCAAGUUUCUGUAGCUCAUGCAAUAAAUGGCCGAGAAAGCCCAUUUAAUGCCAAGAGAUGAAGAGGAAACCCAAAAUAAUGCUGAUGAAGAGUCAUUCCAGAGCUGUGAUGUUGUGGCAGCACCCUCCUCUUGCCCUGCCAGUCCUUCAUUAGCCGGUCUCCAUGAAGUCCAGGCAAACUCAGCAGUGUCAGAAAGACCUUCCAUUCUCUCUAGCCUGGCCAUGGCUCAGGCAGAAGCCCCUGCUGGACCAGAGUGUGUCACUGGAGACAAGGCAAAAAGCAGAGCCUCUGGGCUCCUCAAGGAUCUCUCAACAGAUGACAAUAUGUUGUUAGGUGACUCGUCUCAUCACAGGUCACUGCAAUCUGGAGUACAAGGACACAUCCUCUACAUGCCCAGAAAGCCUCUGCUGGGACCGCAGCCAAAAUUUGGAAGAGUCACAGCUUCCAAGGGCUUCCCACAGCUCUCAGGAGUUGCAAACUGUUGCUGCCGURCUAGUAAGCAAAUUUGGUUGCUGUCAUAUGAUAUGGUCUCCUAUAGCCUGGGUCAGGCAUUUUGGAUGAAGACCACAAAAGUAAUGGAGACCUUAGAAAAGAGGAAACAGGAGGAAAAGGAGAAGUAUCGUCUCCAUCUGGCUAUGUACCGAAGACUUCUGCUUUUGCGCUCAAUCAGGAGUUUGCACAAACAGCUGGAGCAGCAGCAGGCCAGGUUGCAGGAAUGCUAUGGUACAGUAAUAAAUACCAAGAAAGAAGUGUUGAAACACAUUCACUCAGCCUCGCCCUCACCUUCACCAUAA